GACACAGGAGAGACAGAGGAGGAGAGAGACAGAGACAAAGGCACAGCAGAGGGAGGCAGAGACAGAGCAGGCAUUCAGGUGAAACCAGACAGAGUUACAGAGGGAGAGGCCAGAGACGCUGAGGAAGACAUAGGCAGGGAGAGACAAAGACCCAGGAGAGAAGGACACAGGAGGAGGGCUUGGAGGAGACAGACCUCUCUAAUAAGCUUAAGGGCUACAUUUUCUUCAUCUCCUCUAACCGUCCCCAACCCCUCUGAAAACUUUGCCUAAGACUUUGGCACUAGUCCGAGCCCCCAGGCUUUAGAAAGGAGAUUUCCACAGUUAGGGUGUGGAAGGCUUGGUGUCCCAGAUGGCCUCAAUCCCUCCCAGCUGCUGCACCGGGACCAGCUCAGGUCCCGGGAGGGGCUUGGCGGGGCGCUGGCUGCGGAGAGGCCAACCCUGCCUGUCGCUUCACACUCUGCCUCCAUCCGAGCUACAGUGGCGGCUGCUGUUGCUGCUGGCCUCCCUCCUGCCCUCGGCCUGGCCAGCCAGCCCCCUCCCCCGGGAGGAGGAGAUCGUGUUUCCAGAGAAGCUCAAUGGCAGCAUCCUGCCUGGCUCAGGCGCUCCUGCCAGGCUGCUGUACCGCUUGCCAGCCUUUGGGGAGACGCUGCUACUAGAGUUGGAGCAGGACCCUGGUGUGCAGGUGGAGGGGCUGACAGUGCAGUACCUAGGCCAGUCACCUGAGCUGCUGGGUGGGGCAGAGCCAGGUACCUACCUGACUGGCACCAUCAAUGGAGAUCCGGAGUCCGUGGCAUCUCUGCACUGGGAUGGGGGAGCCCUAUUAGGGGUGUUGCAGUACCGGGGAGCUGAACUUCACCUCCAGCCUCUGGAGGGAGGAACCCUUAACUCUGCUGGGGGGCCUGGGGCUCACAUCCUACGACGGAAGAGUCCUGCCAGCGGCCAAGGUCCCAUGUGCAACGUGAAGGCUCCUCCUGGAAGCCCCAGCCCCAGUCCCCGCAGAGCCAAGCGCUUUGCUUCCCUGAGUAGAUUUGUGGAGACCCUGGUGGUGGCAGAUGACAAGAUGGCGGCAUUUCAUGGCGCCGGGCUAAAGCGCUACCUGUUGACCGUUAUGGCAGCCGCGGCCAAGGCCUUCAAGCACCCAAGCAUCCGUAAUCCUGUCAGCCUGGUGGUGACUCGCUUAGUGAUUCUGGGGUCAGGCGAGGAGGGGCCCCAAGUGGGGCCCAGCGCCGCCCAGACGCUACGCAGCUUCUGUGCUUGGCAGCGAAGCCUGAACACGCCUGAGGACUCAGACCCCAACCACUUUGACACAGCCAUUCUGUUCACCCGUCAGGACCUGUGUGGGGUCUCCACUUGUGACACUCUAGGUAUGGCUGACGUGGGCACAGUGUGUGACCCGGCUAGGAGCUGUGCGAUUGUGGAGGAUGACGGGCUCCAGUCAGCUUUCACUGCCGCCCAUGAACUGGGCCAUGUUUUUCACAUGCUCCACGACAACUCCAAAUCAUGUGGCAGUCUGAAUGGGCAAGGGAGCACCUCCCGCCACGUCAUGGCUCCUGUCAUGGCUCAUGUGGAUCCCGAGGAGCCCUGGUCCCCCUGUAGUGCCCACUUCAUCACUGAGUUCCUGGACAAUGGCUAUGGACACUGUCUCUUGGACAAACCAGAGGCUCCCCUGCAUCUGCCUGCAACUUUUCCUGGCAAGGACUAUGAUGCUGAUCGCCAGUGCCAGCUGACUUUUGGGCCUGACUCACAUCAUUGUCCACAGCUGCCACCACCCUGUGCUGCCCUCUGGUGCUCAGGCCACCUCAAUGGCCACGCCAUGUGCCAAACUAAGCACUCUCCCUGGGCUGAUGGCACCCCCUGUGGACCUACACAGGCCUGCAUGGGCGGACGCUGUCUUCAUGUGGACCAGCUCAAGGACUUCAAUGUUCCACAGGCUGGUGGCUGGGGUCCUUGGGGACCAUGGGGCCACUGCUCUCGGAGUUGUGGGGGUGGUGUCCAGUUCUCCUCCAGGGACUGCACAAGACCUGUCCCCCGGAAUGGUGGCAAGUACUGUGAGGGCCGACGUACCCGCUUCCGCUCCUGCAACACUGACAACUGCCCAACUGGCUCAGCAUUGACCUUCCGUGAGGAGCAGUGUGCUGCCUACAACCACCGCACGGACCUCUUCAAGAGCUUCCCAGGGCCCAUGGACUGGGUGCCUCGAUACACGGGUGUAGCCGCCCGGGACCAGUGCAAACUCACCUGCCAGGCCCGGGCACUGGGCUACUACUAUGUCCUAGAGCCCCGGGUGGUAGAUGGGACCCCCUGUUCCCCAGACAGCUCCUCAGUGUGUGUCCAGGGCCGUUGCAUCCACGCUGGCUGUGACCGCGUCAUUGGUUCCAAAAAGAAGUUCGACAAGUGCAUGGUGUGCGGUGGGGAUGGUUCUGGCUGCAGCAAGCAGUCAGGCUCCUUCAAAAAAUUCAGGUGUGGCGCUGCCCGGGGCGGUCAGCUUGCGCUACAGCGGAGCCACGGCCGCCUCCGAGACGCUGUCGGGGCACGGGCCGCUGGCCCAGCCCUUGACUCUGCAAGUCCUGGUGGCUGGCAACCCCCAGAACGCACGCCUCCGGUACAGCUUCUUCGUUCCCCGGCCAGCUCCUUCCACACCACGCCCUCCUCCCCAGGACUGGCUACACCGCCGGGCACAGAUUCUGGAGAUCCUUCGGCGGCGUUCCUGGGCAGGCAGGAAAUAACCUCACCGUCCCGGAUGCCCUUUCUGGGCACCGGGGCCUCGGACUGGGAGAACCGGGAGCUUCAACAGCUGCCGCGAGCUAAGACACAAUGGGGAGGGGCUACGGGAGUGAGACCCGCCCCUCCUCUCGACCGUAAGGUGCAGGCUGGCCCUGCCCGGGUUUCCUGCCCUGGGAGGCAGUGAUGAAUGGAGGUGGUGAAGAGAAGAAGGGGCUAAGAAACAGGCCCCCUACCUUAAACUGCUCCCUCUGCCCUGCGGGUCACAGGAACGGGGAGGGGGGAGGCAGCAUAGCCCCUGGAUCCCAGUUGUAUUUAUUUAGUAUUUAUUCACUUUUAUUUAGCAUCGGGGAAGGGGGCUCAAAUUAGGGACCUGGGGAUAUUCACAGGACCCCACCUUGGCUAGGAAAUCCAGGUAAGCAGUGAUAAGUAUAAGUGGUUGUUGUGUGAGUGUGUGUAUGUGAGUGACUGUGUGUUUGUGUGUGUGUGUGUGUGUGUUUAUGUUUGAGGUACCACCUGCCCUGCUUUCUUCUCCCUGAAUUUUAUCAGCUGGGAAAGAAAACACCAAGGGUAGGGUGAACCUUCAGGGAGUUAGAAAUUAUCAUUUUUAAAAUAUAAAUUUAAUUCUGCUAUUUAUAUGCUCUUUUUGGAGUCAGACAAAUGUGGAUGGCCCCACACCUUUGAGCAUUAGUUUUCUCAUUUGCCAAUAAUAAUAAUACCUCCCUUAGGAAUUUGUGUUGUAAGGACUGAAUAAUGUAAAUAAAGCACUGUAGCACUCAGUAGAUGCUCAACAAA